ACUGUCUGACUUCCUGUUUUAUUUUUUAGGAUUCCUUCAUUUCCUGUUUGUGUUCGUUGUUGGUGUUUUUACUUUCAUUUGAUUGUCUGUUGUUUUCACGUGUGUCUCGUUAGCCCUUCCCUUGUGUGUAUUUAUAAACCUGCCCUUCCCAUUGUUUGUUGUCAGAUCGUCUGCGUCCUUGUGAGUAGCUUUCCGGCAAUUUCUCCUCGCGUAUUUACCUUCGGUCUAGGCUUUUAUGACUCAAGAGCAGCGACUUCGCUGGCAGGUGGUAUCAGAUGGUAUCUCUGAGGCAGGAAUUAGUUGACUCCAGCAAACAUCAAGAAGCGGCGCUCUCCAUGCUCGCAUUCCAACUCAGUGGUUUGAGGGUCAAGCAGCCACAAUGGGGCACCACGCAACCUCCCAGCGAGAGCGCUGUCGCCCAGGCUUCUCAUGCUGACUCUGCUCGCCUACGGCUGUCUAGCCCUGAGAGGUUUUCUGGGGAGUCCGGUGAUUGUAGACAAUUUAUCACUCAAUGUGAGCUUCAUUUUGAGUUUCACGCCACAGCUUUCCUCUCAGACCGUAGCAAGAUUGCUUAUAUGAUUUCAUUCAUGUCUGGUUGAGCAAAUGCCUGGUGGUGGAACUGCCGUUCAGCUGUCUGCAAUUCUCUGCCUCUUUUUGUGGAAACUCUUACUCAGAUUUUUCACACCAUUGCUCCUGGUUGAGAGGCCGUUAAAGCGUAGUAUUAUGGUGUAUUAUGGACGCACUCAGCUCUCUCCUGAGGAACGCCUGCGCAGACGCAAUGAGGGCCGAUGCAUCUACUGUGCUCAGAUGGGCCAUUUUCUGGUUAAUUGCCCUAUACACCGCAGCAGUUCUGCCCGUCGGGCUCCUGUGCAGGUUUGUACCUCCUCCACUAGGAACAGAUCUUGCCGGCAGUUCUCGCUGGUGACUCUUUCCACAGAAUCUCUGUCGCUCCCUAUCUCCGCUCUCAUUGAUUCUGGGGCAUGAGUUUGGCUAAGCAAUUUAACCUCUCCUUUGUUCUACUAGACUCCCCCGUGCCUCCCUCCACCUUAGACAGCCAUGUGAUGUAUCUGGUAACUCACUACACUUCGCCAGUUACACUGUCUUUUCCUGACUCACAUUCUGAGCAAAUAUCUUUCCACCUUAUUGACGCACCUAAACACACUCUUGUCCUGGGUUAUCCAUGGUUAGUUUUGCACAAUCCUCAUGUGGACUUGUCCUCCGGCAAGGUUCUGUCAUGGGGGUGGAGGACUGUAAGACGCAGUGGCUGGCGGGCUCCUCUGUCACCACUCUGCAGAGAGUUUUCACCAUACCCGAGGAGGUCGACGACGAGGAGUUUCCUGACCUGUCCUCUGUAGCACCCUGCUACCUGGACCUUAAGCAGGUAUUCAGUAAGGCUAAGGCUACUUCACUUCCCCCUCACCGUCCUUAUGACUGUGCCAUUGAUUUACUCCCUGGUACCUCGCCCCCUCGUGGACGUCUGUACUCUCUGUCGGGACCAGAACGUCAGGCCAUGGAGGACUACAUGGGAGCUUCCCUCAGGGCUGGGAUCAUCAGGCCUUCUUCUUCACCUACUGGAGCAGGAUUCUUCUUUGUGGGGAAGAAGGACAAGACUCUUCAACCCUGCAUUGACUAUCGGAGACUUAACAAGAUCAUGGUAAAGAACAGAUAUCCUCUCCCACUCAUCGCCUCUGGGUUUGAGCUUCUCCAGAGGUCCAAGGUAUUUACUUCCUUGGAUUUACGCAACACCUAUCAUUUGGUCCAUAUCGGAGAGGGGGACGAGUGGAAGAUGGCAUUUAAUACACCUACAGGACAUUAUGAAUAUCUGGUCAUGCCUUUUGGACUCACUAAUGCUUCUGCAGUGUUUCAGUGUCUAGUAAAUGAUGUUCUUCGUGAGUACUUGAAUAAGUUUGUUUUUGUUUAUCUUGAUGAUAUCCUGAUCUUCUCUCCUGAUUUAGAAACUCAUAAGCAGCAUGUCAGACUGGUUCUGGAUCAGCUACUACGAAACCAACUGUUUGUCAAGGCUAAGAAGUGUUGGCCAUCCUUCUUCGAUGUUGUGAAGGAGGAGUCCAUAACUCAGUCAGAUGAUUUCUCCUGUGGGAUGCACAGAGUGGAGACUUCAUGCAGCCAGUGUGGAGCUCAUCUGGGACACCUGUUUGAUGAUGGACCAAGACCUACAGGAAAACGCUAUUGCAUAAACUCUGCCUCAUUGGCUUUCAAGCCCAAACCCUCGCUCUCCAGCUCUGUGGCUGAGGGUGGAGCUCCCAGCACUUCAAUGAGUGAUGAGAACACAGAGCUCUAAAGAGAAACUCAAAGACCACUACAUUAUGACUGUGCCUGUGUAGGGGGUUUAACAGUUCACAUCAUAAAAUAGUUAGGUUUUGGGUUUUUGAUUCACCGGUUUUGAUUCACUGGUUUCUGGUUUCCUUGCAAAGUGGUUAUAUUGCGAAAGGAAGGAGGGUGUCCAGGUCUUCCCCUGUGCCCAUGUAUCAACUGUGUGUCUCCAGUGUAACUACAAUAACAAAGUGUUCAUUUCACUUCAUACUAUUUUUUUUUUUCAACAAUACACUGCAUCUGGAAAGUAUUCACACCGCUAAGUGAAACAUGUUUGCUUGAAUUUUGUGCAAAUUUAUUAAAAAUGAAAAACAAUAAAUAUAACAUGUACAUAAA